AUGCCUGGGUACGAUAACGCUCGUUACGCUGGUGGCCUCUACACCCUUGAUGUUCAGGACUCGAGUCUGGACGAGAAAAGUAUUUUCAAUAAUGUAUUUCUGUGGUAUCGAAAUAGCAUAAGAUUGGGUGAGGAAGAUAUAAAGAGAGUACAGAAGUUCAAGUACUUGGGGUCCAUAUUAGAGGACAGUGGAAGCAUGGACCAAGAGUCAACUCUGUUCUUCAACCCCAGGCAACAAUAUUCUACAACCCUAGUCAACUCGUUCUUCAACCCCAGCCAACUUUGUUUUUCAACCCCAGCCAACUCUGUUCUUCAACCCCAGUCAACACUAUUCUACAACCCCAGUCAACUCUGUUCUUCGACCCCAGCCAACAUUAUUCUACAACCCAAGUCAACUCUGUUCUUCAACCCCAGUCAACAUUAUUCUACACCCCAGUCAACUCUGUUCUUCAACCCCAGUCAACAUUAUUCUACAACCCCAGUCAACUCUGUUCUUCAACCCCAGUCAACAUUAUUCUACAACCCCAGUCAACUCUGUUCUUCAACCCCAAUCAACUUUGUUCUUCAACCCCUGUCAACUCUGUUCUUAAACCCCAGUCAACAUUAUUCUACAACCCCAGACAACUCUGUUCUUCGACCCCAGUCAACAUUAUUCUACAAACACAAGUUAUACUCUGUUUCUUCAACCUCAGCAAACUCUGUUCUUCAACCCAGGCAACACUAUGCUACAACCCCAGUCAACUCUGUUCUUCGACCCCAGUCAACACUAUUCUACAACCCCAGUCAACUCUGUUCUUCGACCCCAGUCAACUCUGUUCUUCGACCCCAGUCAACUCUGUUCUUCAACCCCAGUACCCUCUGUUCUUCGACACCAGUUACCUCUGUUCUUCGACCCCAGUCCACCUCUGUUUCUUCGACACCCAGUCAACUCUGUUUUCUUCAACCCCAGUCAACUAUAUUCUUCGACCCCAGUCAACAUUAUUCUACAACCCCAGUCAACUUUGUUCUUCAACCCCAGUCAACAUUAUUCUACAACCCCAGUAAACUCUGUUCUUCAACCCCAGCCAACAUUAUUCUACAACCCAGUCAACUCUGUUCUUCAACCCCAGUCAACAUUAUUCUACAACCCCAGUCAACUUUGUUCUUCAACCCCAGUCAACAUUAUUCUACAACCCAGUACACUUUGUCUUCACCCCAGUCAACAUUAUUCUACAACCCCAGUCAACUUUGUUCUUCAACCCCAGUCAACAUUAUUCUACAACCCCAGUCAACUUUGUUCUUCAACCCCAGUCAACAUUAUUCUACAACCCCAGUCAACUUUGUUCUUCAACCCCAGUCAACAUUAUUCUACAACCCCAGUCAACUCUUUUCUUCAACGCCAGCCAACAAUAUUCUACAACCCCAGUCAAAAUUGUUCUUCGACCCCAGUCAACAUUAUUCUACAACCCCAGUCAAAAUUGUUCUUCGACCCCAGUCAACAUUAUUCUACAACCCCAGUGAACUCUCUUCUUCAACCCCUGUCAAAUCUGUUCUUCAACCCCAGCUAACAAUAUUCUUCAAAUCCAGUCAAAUUUGUUCUCCAACCCCAGCCAUAAAUAUCCUACAACCCCAGUUAGCUCUGUUCUUCAACCCCAGUAAACUCUGUUCUUCAACGCCAUGCAACAUUAUUCUACAACCCCAGUCAACUCUGUUUUUCAACCCCAGUCAUCACUAUUCUACAACCCCAGUCAACUCUGUUCUUCAAUCGUAA